AUGGCCGCAACGACUGAGAAAUCCGUAAUCUCUUUAAGCGAACAAUUUCGUACAGGACAGGAGCUAUAUAGUAAAAUAGAGAAUACAAAUCUUGCAUCAUCUGAUCAAAAAUUUCAGGAAGAUGUAAGCAAUGCAAUCGCAUGUUUUUCUGCUUGUGCAAAAUUA